AUGCCUGAAGGAUCCACUCUUGAUACUGUUAAUGAUCCAACAAGGAAUCCAAAAUCACUCAGUUUUGAUCCCAGUCACCCCUAUCACCUCACCUCUUCAGAUGCUCCUGGAACAAAUCUCAUCAACACAACAUUUGAUGGUAGAGGGGUUCCAGGACGGAGAAGAUCAAUAUUAAUAGCCCUAUCUGCAAAGAAGAAGCUGGGGUUUAUAAAUGGGAGUUGUAAGAGCCCAGAUAUGGAUUCACCAGAGUUUCUGCAAUGGUCCUGUUACAAUGAUAUGGUAACUGCUUGGUUGUUGAAUUCUCUAUCAAAAGAGAUUGCUGAUAGUGUGAUGUAUUUAACAUCAGCAAAAGAAAUCUGGGACAGCUUGCAACAGAGAUUUGGAAAAUCAGAUGGAACAAAGCUUUAUCACCUACAAAAAGAACUGAGUGUGAAAGAGAAAUUAGCUAAAUCUGUUCAGGAUCAAAGGUUGAUCCACUUCUUAAUGGGUUUGAAUGAUGUCUAUACUCAGGCUAGGGAGAGCAUUUUAAUGAUAAACCCUCUCCCUAGCAUGAACAUUGUUUACUCACUACUACUUCAAGAUGAGAGUCAAAGGGAGGUUCAUAUGAGUGCACAAGUUUUUUCAGACUUAUCAUCUUUGAUGGUCACCAAUCAAGGGAAACCUAACUUCAAAGGACCAGGACAGUCUUCUAGAUCACAGAACUACCCAAAACCUGCAAACUAUCCUCAAAAGUUUGUAAGUAACCAAGCUUACCCCCAGAAAUUUGCAAAUAGCCAACCCUAUCCACAGAAAUUUGUGGGCAAUCAAUCUAGAACCAAAGGAAAAAGAGGAAAGUAUGACCCUAAUGCUACCUGCACUUAUUGUCUCAAAACUGGACAUUGGGUAGAUGAUUGUUACAGGCUGAUUGGUUUUCCAGAUGACUGUCAGUUUAACAAAGGGAAGAACACUCAAAACAGAGCAAAAACAAAUGCAGGAUUGAUCAAUGAAGAGAACCAAGAGUCAAAUGAUCCAUUUUCUGGGCAGGAAACUGGCAACAACUUUCAACAUUUUACCAAAUAA